GCAUUGCUUCAGUAUAGCGAGGGUCGUAUGUCAGAACAUGUUAACUGACAAACACACCGGGUUUGGGAGUGCAUUGCUCCACACCACGACGUCACUACGACCGGCUGAGCCGAGACUGAAAGGUUGAGAUAUGACUGGCAAUGCUGUUGGGGGCUCCACAGCCAAGAGGAAGAUCGCGUUUGCUGGGUUCCUUGUCGUGUGCCUGGCUGUCGCUCCCACUGUGGGACUCGUCCGUAAUUUCACAAAGGAGGAAGUAAAACCAGCCGAGAUCCGCAAGCGUUCAGAUGUCAUCGUUGAUUGUCAUCCAGAGUCUGACGCUUCAGAGGAGAAGUGCAAAACAAGGGGCUGUGUAUGGGCACCGGUGUCUGACGACCGCGCCCCCAAGUGCAAGUUCCCCGCUGGAUAUGGCUACAGGAUUGUGGGUGACGUGAAGGAGACACCGAUGGGCAUGCGCAUUGAACUGGCGCGGACACCUCAUCCUCAGUACCUGAAUGGGUCGGCGUCUAUUGACAACAUCUACCUCGACGUGGAGUUCCAAACCGACGCCCGCCUCAGGUUCAGGUUCUAUCCCAAGAAUGGGACAAGAUGGGAGAUACCGGAUAGCGUUCUGAACAUUGCGUCUCCUAGCACCAAGGCGAGCGAGACAUCGCGGCUGUACAACGUGACCAUCGUGGAUGAUCCCGUGUUUGGCGUCCUCGUCACCCGGACGUCUGACAACCAGACAGUAUUCAACACAACUCUGCCAGGGUUCGUCUACUCCGACCAGUACCUGCAGCUGACCACCCGCCUGGCGUCCGACAACGUGUACGGCUUCGGAGAACACAACCAUCGCCAACUCCGCCAUGACCUCAGCUGGAAGACGUGGAGCAUCUUCACCAGGGAUGUCGCGCCCGUUGAUGGGUGGAACCUGUACGGCGCUCACCCCACCUACAUGAACGUGGAGGACGGCGGUAGUGCCCACAUGGUCUUCCUCAAGAACAGCAACGCCAUGGAGGUGUUCCUGCAGCCGUCUCCACACCCGGCCAUCACGUUUAGAACUAUCGGCGGCGUCCUCGACUUCUACAUCUUCCUCGGCCCCUCACCUGGGGAGGCAGUACAACAGUACACGGAGGCUGUGGGUAGACCCGUCAUGCCCCCCUACUGGACGCUGGGCUUCCACCUCUGCCGCUGGGGCUACACUAACAUCACCGACCUGAGGGUGGUCAUCGACAGGAACAGGGAAGCCGGGAUACCAUAUGACGCCCAGUGGGCCGACCUGGAAUACAUGUACAACAAGUUCGUCUUCAGCUACGACCGCGACACCUUCGACGGACUCCCGGACCUCGUGAGGGACCUUCACGACCACAACCAGAAGUUCGUUGUCAUCGUGGACCCUGGACUGGGCAACGACCCCAACAUCAGCAGAGACAUACAAAACAAUAGUCCCGGUUACGACGUCUUCAACGACGGCGUCAGGGAGGGGGUGCUGGUGAUGACUCCGAACAACUCAGGCCCCCUCAUAGCCGAAGUAUGGCCAGGCACCACCGGGUACCCUGACUUCACCAACCCAAAGACGGAGGCCUGGUGGGAGAAGUGGGCACGGUAUUUCCGUAACAAGGAGAGUAUCUUGUUUGAUGCCCUCUGGAUCGACAUGAACGAACCGUCAAGUUUUAUCCCCGGAUCUGUAGACGGGUGUGAGAAAAACAAGUGGAACAACCCGCCAUAUACCCCAAACAUCUUGGGCCGCGGAAAGGACGGGCGUAUGUAUGACAAGACUCUCUGCAUGGAUUCAAGACACCACCUCGACAGCCACUACAACGUCCACAGUCUGUAUGCCCACACACAGGCCAUACAGACAUACAAUGCUUUGGCGAGUAUGUUCCCCGGCAAGCGGCCGUGGACGAUGACCAGAUCAUCCUUUGCGGGGACGGGGAAGUACGCCACCAAGUGGAUGGGGGACAACCAGGCCCGCUGGGAACAGAUGAAGUGGUCUAUUAUCGGUAUCCUAGAGUUCGGGCUUUUCGGCUUUUCGUUGAACGGCGCGGACAUCUGCGGGUUCUGGUACGAGGCGGAGUAUGAGAUGUGUGUCAGGUGGCAUCAGCUCGGCGCCUUCUACCCCUUCGCCCGCAACCACAACGCCCUCGGGGACGCCCCUCACAUCUUUAAGCCCCAAGACCCCGCUGCCUGGGACGCCCGAUUCAUCCGACUGGCAAAGGAGGCACUGGUCACCCGCUACAGGCUGCUUCCUUACUUCUACACGCUCAUGCACAAUGCGCAUGCGCGGGGAGACACCGUCAUGAGGCCGCUACUGUUCGAGUUUCCCGACGACCCAGUCUGUCUGAGUGUUGAUGAACAAUUCCUGUUGGGCUCUGCACUACUCGUGUCUCCCGUCCUGUACAAGGGCAAGACAUCCGUGAAAGCAUAUUUCCCAGAAGCCAACUGGUAUGACUACUUCAAGGGUGAAAAGGUAGCGGUGAAAAAAGAUCACCUUGACCUUUACACACCGCUCGAGAAAUUCAACCUUCACGUCCGAGGUGGGCACGUGAUUCCCUGGCAGGUUCCGGCAAACACAACACACGCCAGCCGACAGAACAAGAUGGGCGCCAUUGUUGCCCUAGACCAAGAAGGAAGGGCACAUGGAGAGUUGUUCUGGGAUGACGGGGAGAAUAUAGAUACAUACGAGAAUAAACAGUAUUCACUGAUCAAGUUCGGUAUGACCAAGGCUGGUGAACUACACGUUGGGCCGGCAGUGUCAGGGUCGGGUUCAGCGUUGCCACCGCUGGACAUGUUGGACAUCUACGGCCUCCAGACCAUCCCACUGACCGUCACGCUGGACGGGGAACAGGUGCCCGUCACCAACAUCAGGCAGUCAUACGCGAUCAUUCAGCUACUGAACUUGAACAUGACCCUCACCGCCAACCACACCAUCACGUGGUAGUAGUAGCCAAUCAGACAUGGGCUUCACUUCCAACACGAGUCAGCCAACCAGUUGUCGCCUCAAUAACGGAAUCACCACCGGCUUCGAACAUAUCGGAUUCCAUCAAAGCAACUUGUUUCAAUCUAUGAUUCAUCCCUCCCCUCUACAGAAACCACGAAAUAUGCAAACAUGCAUUAUCCUAGUGACCUAUUAGCGGUUGUAUUACAGUCAAAUAUUCCAGGUGUGUGGAACAUUUAUGCACUUUUCGCAGAUAACACUCUGUGGUACUUUCAUGUGAUACAAGAGGACAUAAACCAUCCCGCUUGUGUCCCACCAAUCAACACUCUCCAUGACGUCAUAUCCUUAUAUGGGCAUACUCUAUCUCAGAAUGUUUAGUAUAUGUUAAGUUGAAGCCCGGUGCCGAAAGCAUGCUUCAUGUAAAAGAAAGCAAUUGUUUCUGUAGAUAUUCUAAUAAAUUAAUUUCUAACCAAGAA